CUCAGUGGAGUCCAUUCGUUCGCACGGUCCAGUCGCGUCUCAUAAUCUCAAAAUGUUUUUGCCAGUAAUAUUAUUUGGCUUAGUUGUGCUAUUAUUGUUCACAUACCUCUAUAAAACUGGACAAUAUAAUGAAAGCUACUGGAAGAAACGCGGUGUUAAGUUUUACGAUAGAAGCAAAGCCAUCGGCCCCUAUUGGGAGUUUCUCACAACAAAACGAGCUUUGUUUGAGAUACUUGGUGAUAUCUACAAGGAGUAUAAAGAUGAACCUGCUGUGGGAAUUGGGCAGUUGUCAACACCGGCGCUAUUUGUUAUACAUCCAAAGAAUGUGCAGCAAGUUCUACAGACUGAUUUCCAAGCCUUCCACCAUAGAGGAAUGGAAAGCGUUGAAGGUGAUCAACUUUCCGAUAAUAUUCUCUUCAUGAAUGGACCCAGAUGGAAGCUUAUGAGAAAGAGUAUGAGUCCAUUAUUCACGGCCAGCAAAUUGAAGAACAUGUACUACAUCAUGGACAAAAGUGCCCAAGACUUUGUGAGUUAUUUAAAAGGAAAUCCUAAAAAACGUGGGAGUGACAUAUACGGAACACUUACAACCUUCUGUAAUGCAGCAAUUUGUGGAGCAGUUUUUGGCAUUGGAUCCGAAUCAACCUUUGAUUCACCGUUCAUCAAACUAGCGGAAAAUAUGUCAGCAACAAAACUCAAGAACGUAUUAAGAUUUGCUAUCAUUGGAAUGAGCCCAAAGAUAGCAAAUAUGUUGGGAAUCAAAUUGUUCAAGGAACACGAAGAUUACUUCAUUAGUUCUAUUGCAGAAGUUAUAAGAAAACGGGAAGCAGAGAAUGUAAAGAGACAUGAUUUUGCUGAUCUGUGUAUUACUUUGCAGAAGAACGGAACGUUGAAAGAUGAGACGACAGGGUGUACUAUUGAACCAACGACUGGAUUAUUAUCAGCACAAGCCUUGUUCUUCUUCGCUGCUGGAGUUGAGCCAUGUGCUGUAGUAUUAUUUUCAGUAUUAACUCUUCUCUCUUGCCAUCCAGAAAUAUUAGAAAAAGUGCACAAAGAAAUAGAUGAAAAGUUUGAAAAAUACAAUGGCCAAAUUACUUAUGAUGUUAUCAAUGAAAUGGAAUAUGUAGACAAAGUGUUAAGUGAAGCAACAAGGAUUCUUCCUCCUAAUGGUUAUGUAACACGGCAAUGUGUUCAAGAUACUGUAUUAGAAGUGGGUAAUAUCAAAGUAGAAAAAGGUACGAAAAUUUUUACUCCAAUUUACCAAAUACACCACGAUCCGAGAUUUUAUCCAGAGCCAGUGGUAUUUGAUCCAGAACGGUUCUCUAAGGACAGAAAGCCUAGCGAUGAAAUUUUUAUGCCUUUUGGUAUGGGUAAUCGCAUGUGCUUAGGAGCUAGGUACGCUAAAUUGCAAGUACUAGCUGGACUAGUUCACGCUCUGAGACAUUUUACCGUUAAAUCUAAUGCAAAUAUGAAUAAUCUUAUUUUUCAGAAACAUAUACUAAAUGUAAAACCUAAUAAUGUAGAUAUAAAACUUGUUCCUAGAAAUAAAAACUAAGUGCUGAUGACUUUAGUGUUUAUGUUGUAUCAUUUUAUUGUUGUGUAUUCCAUAAUUUAAGAAACAUAAUUGUAUGAUCACAUAAGUGGUAAUUUAAAGAUAAGAUUACAUUAAAAAUGUAUUGUUACUAUAAUUACUUUAGUGAUCAAUAAUUCUUCUAUUACCCUGAUUUGUCUGAUCACUUUUAAUACUAAAAUCGAUAAGAUUACGUUAGCACUUAAUACGUCUUCUAUAAUUCUUCCGUUGAAUACAACUCUCUGUUUGUUGUUGAACUCAAAUGAGUCAAUGUGUCUUUAUCACAUUUUUUUGUCUCAUAUACCUACAAGAUUAUUAUGAAACAUGUUCUUAUCAUAACUAUUGCUCUGCUCAUAACGUAACUCAGAUGGGUGCUAAAUAAGGAAGUACUGAACACAAUGUCCGGGAUGGUAACGAUAUGACACUGCAUAUGACCUAUGUGGAGAAAGGGCAGUAGUCGUUACGUUUUUGCUUACAUUCAACUAGAUAUUUAGAAAAGAUAGAAGAUAUUUAGAUAUUAGACAAAAUAAGACUUUGGAUUAAAAUUAAUAAGGGCAAAUUUUAGCCGUGAACUGGAUGUCAAAAAUACUUUUCCAUAGAAGAAGUCGCAAUAGUACUUGUUCCUUUAGAGUCUAUGCAAACACACCAAUGAAUUAAAAGACAGACGGAUAAAGUAAUUGGCAUCAAUAAACACAGCAAUAAAGAUGAAGUAGUAACGCACAAAGAUAAACGGCAUUCAUGGAGUAAAUAAAACUUCCAAGGUCAUAAACGAAACCGCGGCGACUUCGAAUUUACAUGUCAAUCGAGGUAUCAAAAUCACAUUAUGGACAUAUACAUAAACACAUUUAUCACUGAAACAGUAAGAGCAAGGGAUUUCCGAACAGCAAUCUUUGGACCCAAGUAUUUAGGACAACCAGCGGAGCGAAACACUUGCAACACUAUCUGGACAACACUAACGUGGACAUCCCAUUCAAUUUUCACCUCUAUGUUUACCCAAUUUAAGUCUUUUGCAACUGCACGUGCUAACCCUGUCAGUAAUACAAAAACCAGUUUGCAAGAUCUAUGCAAAUGGAUGCGGUACCCUGACACAUGUUCUGCGUAAGUGCGGUGUGCGUUCAGAGUGGGAUGCCUAGUUAUAGUGGUCGGUACUCGUAAGGCAUUUUACGAUGUUGAGAAUGAAUGACUUGUUCCGUUGCGAAAAUUAUAUAUGUGAGUAGUAUGAUGCAAAAGUUUGUUUUUGUUGUAACGAUUGGUUUCGGUUUCAUCGGAAAAUGUGCGGAGAUAUUUAGCGUCUUUGUGUCAGUAAGCAUUUACCUGCAUACACUAGAAAACUCAUAAAAUGUUUACAGUUCGUUUCUAACAAUUCAUGUUAGAGACGGACCAGCUUAUUAAUUAUAAGAUAACAGUGAACAUCAUUUUUGACCUUCUCGUUUUAUAGUAUUUUGUAGCACCUCCGAUCUAAUCAGUGCACAAGCAAAGCUAAAGUAUAAAAUACUAGACAUAAGGGUCAUAUUUGCGUGUAACAAGCUUCCGGCACAUUUCGGCACAACAAAUAAACGAAGGUAACCUCAUUAAGCAAAACAAUUAAAAAUUGAAACACGAAUGUAUGCAACAUUCGAUGUUUUCACAAUAAUU